AUCUGUUUGUUUAGUGUGUUUAACCUACGGCCCCAGCUGCGGCUGUUUUACCAGCGUAUGUGUGUGUGUGUGUAUUUGUUCUUGGUUGCAGAGUGUCAAAAAAUUGGUGGCUCGUUCUGUGCCACGAUAAGGAUGCUUGGCGUGUUCGCAUUUGGCGCGGUAUGCAACGGGCUUUGAAGCUGCCUCCUUGCCCCCUCCCCCCACUCCCCCAGCUGCAAGGGGGAACACCUCCGGGUGUGUUGGGUGUGUUACGCAUACGCCACCUUUGGGCGCCUUUCUCGCACUUGGGGUUGGCCCGCUCGGCACGGAGAAGCUCUGAGCUCAUCGAUUGCCGUGUGGUAGAGAGUGUUUCUGUGUGUGUGUAUGUGUGACCAGAAAGAAGGUGGACCCCCCCCCACACACACACACACACACACACACACGUUCGCCCAGUCGGCGGUGUGACUAAUACCGCAGCAGGGAGGCUUACGCGUGCGUGCCCUUCGUACACCGUACACCGGACUAACUGCUGCUGCUUGUGUGUGUGCACGUGUGUGUAAAGAGUGAAGGCACAUGGUGCGCGCGCGUGUGUGUAUGCACACACGGCGUGACCCGUCCCGUCACGCGUACCGUGCGUGACUCCGUGAGGCUCGCAAACAACAACACAACAACACAGCACACACACACGCUCACGCACACGUAAACUGCUUUGGCAGGACUAGAGGCGCAAAGGUGCUCACACUCUUAGUGUGGUGCUCUGCUUGCGUUUGACCCAGUGAGUAAGUGUGAUAAGUGAUAUGGUACAGAGUGUCCGCACAGGCAGGUAAAAGCUACUGUGUGUGUGUGCUUGGCGGUUCGCUCCGAUAAGAUAGACAGAACCAGUGUGUGUGUGAGAGUUACAAACAAGAGUGGGCUCCGCCAGUGUCUUCAAGCCGCUCAAACCGACCAUCCCGCUACUAGCAACCGGCGUACCGAAGUGCCCCGCUUCUCCACCUUCCCCGUUGCCAACAAUCAAUGAUGUCCCCCCAAGCUGGGACAGCCAGCAAAUCAAACACUCGCAAUCAAAGCUCGAGGAAGGAGGAAGCGGAAGGAACCUAUCUGCCCAAGGGGACAUUCCCCGACAGACAAUGACACUUUUACGAUCAUCCCUCCCUCCCCAUCCGGUGUGGUAGCUGUGAAAGCAGUUGCAAAGCUCAAAGUCUCUAUAAACAACGCAUCAAACAGUGCGAAAGGCGAACGAGAGAACCACGAAGCCCCAACGCUUCCAUAAUAAUACAACAACAGCAAAGAGUGCAUGUCUAUCGAAACCAGGAAUGGUCGCCAACGGGUUGGAUUCUAACUACGUAGUGAAGUUUCCCUUGGCAGUCGGCCGAAAUGCUCACUAAGAGCCGAUGAAACCAUCGACGGUGGCACAGUAAUGCAACAGCACCAGCAGCACCAGCAGCAGAAGCAGCAGCAGCAGCAGCAGCAGCAGCGCGCUACGAUCAGGACGCACCAGCAGCAGGAUCAUCCGGGACAUGUGCCGCUGUGUAUCGUGCACGGGCGCACCGUUGUGUAGUGUGUAGAUGUGACCGUGCAAACCCGAACUGGAGUGUUGGUAGGCGAGUCGCGCCACACGCGGGUGCCUUGCCGUGCAGUGACAGUGCAGUCGCCCGAGUCCUUGCGCGGGCCAGUUUUGGUUUUGUUUGAUUUUAUUUUUUUAUUAUUUUGUUGCGCCUCGGCCUUUGCUCGGUCCGCUCUGUAGCAUUGUCGGCGGUGGUGAGACCAUUCUCGGAAACGCGCGGAGUAGACGCAGCGUCACGAAGGGAAAAACGCUCGACGGCGUCCCAUGAUUUGCGUGCAUCGCUAGAAAAAAAGAAAAAACGGUUUCCGUCCUGCCGGUGUCCGGUCCGGGUCCGGCCAUGCUCUAGAGGUGUAUUUUGUGCGAAGGUGUCUGUGUCUGUGUGUGUGUUUAUUCAAACGGCAAAGAAGAAGAAGAAGAAGAAGAAACCAUGUAGCCCCCCGAACUGAGCGUCUCCAGUCUGGUCAGGUGAAUAAUAGAAAAAAAAAAACGCAAAAACAAACAGUGUGUAAAACGGGCGGUACUUAAGAGCAGUGCGAAUCUAGGUGAGCCAGGUGCGUCUCCACCUCGUCCUCCGUGGUGCUUGCGCCUAGGAGUGCAUAGGGAUAAAUUUAAACAAAAAAAAAACAUUGUUUGCCCUUCCGUGAGCCGGUGUAAGACAUUGAAAGCCUUUUACUGGCCAAUUUUAUUAUUUUGCUAAAUUUGAUUUACACUGUAGUUAGAGAAAAGUACGCACUAGAAACUAGAAGUACGCAACUAAACCUAAGCUAAUCGAGAGCAACUCGUGUGUGUCUGCGUGUGCGCGCGCGUACUUGGUGCGAAAGUGAAAAAAACGGCCUUUGCAACGGGGAAAGGGUAAGGGGGGUUUAACGCAUUGCCGCACACCAGCCAGCCAGCCCGGGACCGGGAAAGCUUGGAGGGCGCGCACGAACCACCGCCGGUACCGGCACGGUGACGCCCCGGGGGGAGGCGCAACGCAGCGGGCGGAUUAUGGACAGUAGUAUGGUCGAGGAGAACGGUUCCUCGGCGAUAGGCGAUCCGCUCGGUGGUGGUACCGGUCCGAACGCAACCGGUUCGACGGUCGGUGAGGCGGUGGUAACCGUCGGCGGUGGCGGUGGUGGUGGUGGUGGUGGUGGUCGUGGCCCCCCAUCCGGUGUAGGAACGCAGCACCAAAGCGAGCUAAUCAGUACCUCCAACAACGGCAGCGCCGACAGCAGCACGGCAGUAACGGUGGCAGCCUCUACCGGUGAAGGUGGUGGAGGGGGCGGAGGAGGAGGAGGAGGUGGUGGUGGAGGAGGUGGAGGAGGAGGCGGUGUGAAGGGAGUGACGGGCUUGGUAGCGGGCAGUGCACCGGGCGGCCUGGGAGCGCUCGGGUCCGGGUCGGCCAACAACAGCUCGGUACCGGUCGGUGGUGCGGCCGGUCCGGAGGUAACGCUGGUGCCGGCGGCGGCUGCCGCAGUCACCGCGUCCGGUACCAACAUCGUCCAGCUGCUGUCGACCCAAUCGCCCGGCCAGGCGCAGUCCGUCAUACAGCAGAACCAGCAGUCGGUCAUACAGACGGCAACAGGGAACGUGCCGCUCGCGCGCAGCGUACUAUUAGUGUGUAACAAACCAAACUCCGUGAUCCACACGACGACGGGCAAUUUGCAAACCAUACACAUCAAACCCGAACCGCACAUCGUCACCGGUUCCGGCAGCAUUAUGACCGACACCAACAGCGACGACACGCUGUCGGACGAGGAGGCGUCCCCGAAGAAGCGGAGGGACCUGCUGACCCGGCGCCCAUCCUAUCGUAAGAUAUUGAGCGAUCUCGGCGGAGCGGAAAUCGCCAACACAACGAGCGAUGGUUCCGGCCUGCACACGAUAGCGGCACCUGGUGGUGGUGUGGUGCAAUAUUCCCAGCCGGAGGGCAUUUACGUACCUCAUAUUUUUCCCAACACAGUCAUGGGCGGCAACGUGCAGCUGGAGGAUCAGUCGCGCAAGCGCGAGAUGCGGUUGCAGAAAAACCGGGAAGCGGCCCGGGAGUGCCGCCGGAAGAAGAAGGAGUACAUCAAGUGCCUAGAGAACCGGGUGGCGGUGCUGGAGAACCAAAACAAGGCCCUGAUCGAGGAGCUCAAGUCGCUGAAGGAGCUGUACUGUCAGCAGAAGAGCGACUAGAGAACGGCAGCAGCAGCAGCAGCAGCAGGCGGUUAAACCACAUACGAAACCACGGAUCGCGAUGCGCGCGUCACCGGAGGGAAGGAAAAGGGGGGAGGGGAGAAAGCAACCAGCAAAACCAGUACCAACUUCUCCCCACUCCCCAGUGUGCUGCUUUUGGGCCAUCCGUACCAAGGGAAGCCAGCGCUACCGCAAGGUGAGCUGUAAACGUUCAUCAAGCGGCGAUCGUGUAACGUUGCAGGCGAGCGGUAGUAACGCAUAACGGAUGAGCCGAGCCGAGGCGAAGAUUUCAACAGCCGAUAACAGCGCCUAGUGUGCACACCACAUGUAUCGGGCGCAGGAAUUAGGGAAAUCGUUUUUUUUUCUUUUUCUUUUUUUUUUGUUUGGUGGGUACUCACCUCAUGUAUUAUAUUUUCGGCUCGUUUUCGAAAACAAAAGAGCUUCCCUCUGCCGAGAGGGGAAGCUACCGUAAUGUAGAUAUUGUGUAGCGGUAAGCGGGCACUACAGUUUCUUGGUCUACAUUUUUGACUGUCACACACUCACACACAUACACACUAUAGGUCUAUCACGCUGUAUACUCCCUUUCUAACGCAAACCAGGGAAGAGCUGCGUAACGCGUAACGUAAUUGUGCUCGUAACGCGCGUUACGCAGAGCCACACAUACACACCUGUUGUUAGGGGCUCGUUUCUACUUACGGAAACGACAACUCACACCCACACACACACACACCCACCAUCGCCUUUUGUUGGCUGGGAUAUUUGCUUACGUUUUGCCCUAGGGCUCUCGGAGCUGCCUGCCAAGUUACAUAGUUGGUUUUUUUUGCAUGUGUGUGUGUGUGUGUUUCUCGCUUUG